AUGCUGCCUUACCUGUUCCCUGAGCUGUCCACCUUUGCUACAGUCGCCGAUCUCAUCACCCACCUUCGCACUAGUGACGCUCGCCUGCGUGCCGCCCUUCCCACCGAGUUCUGCGCUAAGAACCCCCCUCCACUGUACUGGACGCUCCAUUUCAUAGUCACCCGUCUCCCUGACACCCUCAGCUCAGUCCGAGACUACUUCCUUGCCCGCUGUCCCACUGAGCUCACAGUCGCCCUCCUAGAGGAGAAGCUGCUAGCAGCCGAGAAGAGCAUUGUCGCUGUAGGUGCUGCUCGUGGCGCUCCUCGCACCCCCAUCUUUGAGGGGUGUUCUCCCUCUCCCCUCGCUCCCUCCUACGCUACUGCUGCUGCUGUUGACCUCCUUGGUGCUGAGUCUGCUGGCGCUGCUUCUGCUCCUGGUGGGAGGCGCCGCACCGGCAAGGGCAAGGGGGGCAAGGGUGGUGGUGGUGGCGCUGGGGGGGGAGGUGGGGGAGGAGGCGGUACCGGAGGGAGCGGUGGCGGGAGUGCUGGUGGGGGUGGAGGCAGCGGUGGGGGCGGGGGCGGCGGCGGGAGUGGUGGCAGCGGUGGCGGCGGUGGCAGCGGUGGUGGCAGUGGUGGCGGUGGCGGCGGCAGCAGUGGCGGUCGGAGCGGCGGUAGUGGCGGUGGUGGUGGUCGGAGUGUGGGCCCCAGCUCGGGCCAGUCCUCGCAGCAGCAGCAGCGUCCUCAGACGACCCAGCAGCUCCUACCGCUGCUUCUCCCGCCUUGA